AUGCUCAGCAUGUUAAUUAGUGUCAGGUCUACUAGAUAUGCUAGAAGUAUGUUCGUUAUCCUUCUGUCACUGAUAGGCCAUUUAAUACUAACAAGAUUAGGCUUUUACCAGUCAACCUCUCGGCGUUUCUUUACAUAUUCGUCCCCUAAGUCGUCAUAUGGCUCCCAAUCUUCGGGAGAUGCAUCUGGCGCAAGCUACUUUACCUACCAGGUAGCUGUUGCAUACCAGGCGAAGGAUCGCCGCGAGCCCAUCUAUGGGAACGUUAAACUAGCCUCGCUUACUGGAGAAGAUAAUUACUUUAUUGCUAAAAAAUCCAAUAAUAGGCUAAUUGCCGGUGUUGCUGACGGUGUUGGAGGCUGGGCAGAGCAUGGUUACGACUCUAGUGCAAUUUCUCGUGAGUUGUGCAAUGUUUUGAAGGAGAUUUCUUUGAGCGACUCGAAGACCUUGCCGCCUAAAAAAUUGCUAGAUGAGGCUUACAAAAAGAUAGUGGAGGAAGAGAUAGUAAAGGUAGGAGGAACUACGGCAAUUAUUGCCGAUUUUGGACCUGAUGGGCAGAUGAAAGUUGCAAAUUUGGGUGAUUCUUGGUGUGGUGUGUUCCGAGACAGCCAGCUUGUGUUUGAGACGGUUUUCCAGACCGUUGCGUUCAAUGCUCCAUAUCAGUUAGCAAUUAUCCCUGACGAUGUACGCAAAACUGCUAGAAAGCGUGGUGGUUCUUUCAUUGAAAACAGUCCUAACGAUGCUGAUGAAUAUGUUUUCCAAUUGAAGCCCAAUGACAUUAUUAUAUUGGCUACAGACGGCGUCACAGAUAAUAUCGACCGAAAAGACAUGGAAAUUUUUAUCAAAGAUCGUGAAGGCAUUAAUGACUUGCAAGCAGCAACUGAUGAGUUCGUAUCUAAGGUUGCGGAGCUAAGUAAAAAUAAAAUGUUCCCAAGUGUGUUUUCUCAGGAAGUUUCGAAAUUGACCGGCAAACCAUAUCUUGGAGGUAAAGAAGAUGAUAUCACUGUUGUUGCAGUAAAGGUGAAUUAA